AUGACCAGCCCGGCGCUUAAUUUCAUAACCUUUAAUCAAGACCACAGCUGUCUUGCUGUUGGCACUUCCAAAGGCUUUCGUAUCUACCACACAGAUCCGUUUUCUCGAAUCUUUAGCAGCGAUGAUGGCAACAUUGCCAUCAUCGAGAUGUUGUUCUCGACAUCCCUCGUCGCUCUUAUCUUGUCUCCUCGACAUCUGAUCAUUCAAAAUACCAAGAGAGCAUCCACCAUCUGCGAACUCACGUUUCCUUCAGCCGUACUGGCCGUCCGACUCAACCGAAAGCGACUUGCUGUUGUGCUCGAGGAAGAGAUAUACUUGUACGAUAUUAGCAACAUGAGCCUCCUCCAUACAAUUGCGACGUCGCCAAACCCGUCCGCUAUAUGCGCGCUCUCGCCAUCCUCCGAGAACUGCUAUAUCGCAUACCCCUUACCGAAGCCACGAGAAGAUCCCGAUGCGAAUCGACCGGCGCAUGCUCCUCCUCAGUCCACUUUCGUUGCGCCCACAUCAGGCGAGGUCUUGAUAUUUGACACUCUUUCGCUCAAGGCUGUCAAUGUCAUCGAAGCGCAUCGAUCGCCAUUGUGCUGUAUUUGCCUUAAUAACGACGGCACAUUGCUGGCCACAGCUAGUGAGACAGGCACCAUUAUUCGUGUCUUUUCAGUGCCCAAGGGCCAAAAGCUAUAUCAGUUCCGGCGUGGUACAUAUCCCUCCACUAUAUACAGCAUGUCCUUUAACCUCAGCUCAACUUUGCUGUGCGUUUCUUCAACCUCGGACACAAUCCAUAUUUUCCGACUUGGGGCACCACCCGGAAAUACUACUCCAGCUGGUGCGCCUAUCGAAUCACCCGCCUCUCAGCGACAGGAUCGUUGGUCACGGGCAAGAAGUUAUGACUCCGAGUCACCAGGUCCUAGUGCAGCAGAGUCGCCGAAGAACGAGCCAGCGGAUUUGAAUGGGCCAGGAGCCGGUUCAGGCAACAACCAAGGCCACACAAGGGGGAGUGGCUCAUUCAGCAGUAUGCUCCGUCGCUCUUCCCAAAUCAUGGGCCGUGGCGUUGCAGGAGUUAUGGGAUCAUACUUGCCACAGUCCGUAACAGAGAUGUGGGAACCUUUGCGAGAUUUCGCCUAUAUCAAGAUUCCCAAAUCCGCCACUUCCUCUGGGGCCUCGCGGACUUUGCGUGACGCACCCGGUGGUCCAUUGCGCAGUGUUGUGGCCAUGAGUAGUAGCAGCCCACAAGUUAUGGUUGUAACAAGUGAUGGAGGCUUUUACGUUUACAAUAUCGACAUGGAGCAUGGCGGGGAGGGUUAUCUUGUAAAGCAAUUUUCUGUCUUGGAAGGUGACGACAAAAGCGACGCUUCUGGAUAUGGUAGUUAG